AUGGCGUGCGAGCAAUUGCGUGCAAACCACAAGGGUCCACCUCGGUGUAGUGGGCGGGCAAAAACACUGAGCUUUGGGCAGGUGGUGGUCCAGGCCCUUGAAUAUGGCCAGGAAGAACACAGGACUCGUAGCCAUCUAGAGGAGGAGCCUGACCUCCCACGACUUGUUGGCUACUUUGUCGCUGCCAAACGCUCCAUUCUGUCCACGUCGUACCUACUACGUGCCAACGAGAUCGUCAACACGGCACGAGACCUUCUAGAGGAGAACGCAAUCCUCGCAGCCAAAAUCGCCUUCAUCAAGAGUACGCUUGAAGUCCAAAUAGGCACGCUUGAAGCCAUCACGCAUGGUGUCUCAGCAGUAAGCGAAGAGGCUUGGACAGAGCUCAAGGAACUCCUACGCACCCUCGAUAGCGCAGAUCGGGAUCUACAGACAACUAUCACGAAACUUCAAAAGACUCCUGUUAGCCCCUCUCUUCGAACUUCGGACAAAAAAUCUCUAUAUGACUACAUCGAUAAUAAAAGCUACAGAGAUCUUUCUGAAGGCCUUCGGUCGUGUAUUGAUCGUUUCAAUGAAGCUCGAAAUGAGCUGGAUCAUGUUACAGGAGAGUUUGAGGCUGCCACGCGGUCACUUCGAGGAUACAUAUCAGCAACCACAAACCUUACUGCUCUACACGACGGAUCCUCACUUCUUCCUUCAAUAUUCCGAGAACUGGAAUUUCGGGCCCAAGAGAUGGCCCAGAAUGUUCAGUCACUAGUGCACCACUAUGAUCUUUGUGUAACUGCUUUGAAACACACAGAUGGGGGCUUACCUGCUGCGUCGAAAGCGACAGGGGACGUACCUAAGGCUCCGGGUAUAUUAGUUGAGUCUUUACAUCAAGAUGCACCUCCUCUACCUAUGACGUCCUCUGAGAGAAGGGAUAUGCUUGAAGUGGUCGCCAAAGAUGCCGUCGAAGUGGAAGACGUUGUCACCGAAAUGCGCGACCAUGCAUCGGAGAUGGAAGAGCAGUUAGAAACGGUGCUCUCUCAUCUCAAGAUCUUGCGCGAGUCGUAUGGGGUUCUGUUAACUACCGUACAAUCCCUUACAUCCAUGGGGAAAGAGUCCAAGCCAUACAUCGCAUCUGCACGGUCUUUCCGAGUAGUGUGGGACGAAGAGCGGGAGAACAUUGUACAGGGAGUUGAGAAUAUGGAGGGUCUGAAACAAUUCUUCGAUGGUUUCGUUGACGCGUACGAUGGAGUGCUGUCCGAGCUUGCGCGACGCAAACAAGCGGAAGACGAGAUGGACAGAAUCGCAACCCAGGCCGACACGCAAUUUGCGAAACUUUACGAAGCGGAUAUGAAAGCUCGUAUGGUCUUUAGGGAACAGCAUGGCGAGUUUAUACCAAGAGAUCUUUGGCCUGGGGUCGUUGACCUACCUCCGAAUUUCAGAGUAAUUCAAGUCCCCGAAGAGGAACCAGGUAUUGCACUUGCAGAGCAGGAAUUCGGCGACGCUAUUGCGCAGCAAAUUCAAAACCAACUGUGA